GCAAAUCUUAAACAAAGACGUUACACAGCCUUUGUUACAUUAUGAAUUUAAAAAUAAUCUGUUUCGUGGUGACUAUGACGUGCGCUGUUCUCGGAAAAGAAGAUGAAGUUACAUUACUGUUCGUGGGAGAUAUUUCCUUUGCUGGCCCCAUCAAAUACUAUGUUGACCACAAGUACCAUACGUACAAUGAUACUUUCAAUGACGUGGCUCCAUUCAUCAGAGAGGCGGACAUUUCAGUGGGUAAUUUGGAGUCGCCAUUUGCCAACCAACAUGUUCUUAAUCACCUUUACCGAGGGAAAAAACCAGUUUUGCUAUAUGCCAUUCCUAAAGCUGCAUCAGCACUCAGGUUUGCAGGAUUUGAUGUCAUGACUAUUGCCAACAAUCACUUGAACGAUUUAGGCGGUGUAGGAGCCAAUUUUACCACUGAAGUCCUGGAAAAGACGGGUAUAAAGUAUUUUGGAAUAAGUUUGGGAAAAUAUGACUCCUCUCAGGAACCUCUCAUUAUUAAAAGAGAAAGAAUCACUAUAGCAUUCCUCGGUUAUUGUGCAAUACCCUCCACAAAGAAAAACUGCAGCGAAAUGAGGAAGUUGUUCAACUCGGGUCCCGCCAUUUAUCAAGAUGAUAUCGCUACUAGAGACAUCAGGAGGCUAAAGAAGGCCAAAGUUGACAUUAUAGUCGCUUUCAUGCACUAUGGUGAAGAGCUCACUUUAGGACCCGUCUCCUCCCAAAAGCACAUAAACAAACACCUGAUGUCUCUUGGGGUGGAUAUGAUCAUUGGAGCUCAUCCACACGUUCUUCAGGAUCACUGUCUUCGAGAUGAUAAACUUAUCGCUUACAGCUUGGGGAAUUUUCUUUUCCAUACUAACCAACCACCAAGUGCUGUUGAUCCGAACGUUUACGGAAUGUUUGGCAAGAAACCCAAUAAACAAUUAAUUAAGAAAUAUGAGCACUUUGUCCUUGGGAACUGCGACGCGUUGAAACUAUCCCGGAUGCUUAAAGUCACCGUUUCAAGGAAAGGAGUCGUGGGAGCAAAGUAUCUUCCACUGAAAGUCGCUUUCGAUGAAGAAAAUAAGCGACUGCACCCUGAACCCACAAAGAACGCAAAAUGGAUCACUGUAUGCGGAGCUGAAGAUCAACACUGUAAAUGUCUCAAGAAUUAGGAUCAAAUCUCUCUGAAAGAAGUCAAUCUAAAAACACUUCAACUUCUAAAUAGUAUUUAAAACAAAUUUCUUACCUAACAAUAUGAUAUUUUAUUUCAUCUUCAAAAAUACAUUUUACAUGGUGCGAAAAGCUGAUGAAGUGUCGGCAGUUUACUAGCUAUAUCAAACACGCGUAAAUAAUUAGAGCUAUUUUACAAUAAUGGUUUUUUCUAAGUCCUCGUUAAACACCUUG